AUGAAACUCGAAUUCGCCGUCGCUGCCUUGUCACUCUUGACAAGCGCCUCGGCCGCCGCCAUCGCUGCUGAACCACUCGGGAGCCCACAGGUUGAUGUCAACCAGCAUGACCUGUACAAGCGCAAGGGUGGCGGCGGCGGCGGCGGUCGCGGUGGCAGCUCCGGCGGCAGCAGUGGUGGAAGCUCAGGCGGCUCCAGCUCAGGUUCGUCCGGCUUCUCCAGCAAUCGCAACCGUGGUGGCUUCGGUUCCUCGGGCUCUUCUAGUUUUUUUAGAGAGUUUCAUUUUUGGAGUUCCUUAGUAGAGGACAUCCUUGACUCACUUAACUCUCCAGGUAAUCGCGGCUCCGGCUCCAGUGGCUCCGGCUCCAGCUCCGGCUCAGGUUCGUCCAGCUCCUCUGGUAACCGUGGUGGCUCCGGCUCCUCCGGCUCCUCCGGCUCCGGCUCAACCAGUUCUUCAUCUUCUGGGAAUCGUGGCUCAUCAAGCUCUCCAGGUACCCGCGGCUCUCCUUCCAACACAGGAGCCGGUGUCACCACUGGUGGUACCACAAAGUCUGGCAGCGGCCCCCAGCCCGCCUACGGUGGCGGCCAGUACUAUGGCGGCGGCUCUCGCGUUCCCUACCGCGCCGGCAACACCAGGAACGGAAUCGUCCCUGGCCUCCUCAUCGGUUCUGCUCUCGCCUUCUGGCCCGGUCUCUGGCUAAGCAGCGCCUACAUGUACAACUACCACAACCCCUACCGCUUCCACAAUGAAUCCAACAACAACAAGGAGGAGGAGUUGCCCGUCAUCUGCGGCUGCGCCGAGGGCGCCGAAUGCGGCUGCGACGACAGCGGCAACACCACAGCUCAUCUCAACGACCUUGUCGGCAACGGAAGCUACGAUGGCCUAAACAAGAGCGUAGUCACCGUCGGAACCAAGGACGGUCAGAAGGUCCUCCUCGUCAACGGCACCUUGCCCAGCGGCACCACCGCCAAGGGCGACGCAGACAUGGAUGCCGACGGCAACUCCACCUCUGCGGCCGCCAAGACAGCUCUCGAAACUCUGGGACUCUGGCCAGUUGUCGCCACUGUCGCUGCCAUCGUCUUUGCUGCGUAA